GAUCCUGAGAGAAGUCAUUUUGUCUUGAUUGCUGGGGAGCCAUUAAGAGAACCGGUUGUCCAACAUGGUCCAUUUGUGAUGAACACCAAUGAAGAGAUUUCUGAGGCCAUUCUUGACUUUAGAAAUGCAAAGAAUGGAUUUGAAAGGGCCAAAACCUGGAAAUCAAAGAUUGGAAACUAGUGAAGAGCACAAGAGCACGAUGUUUCCUAGAAUUUUGCCAUUUGUGGUGUCCGACCAUUCAAGGCAUUCAAUUUUCAAAGCUGCUUCUAAAGAAUUCCACAUUAAAGUGAUAACAUGGCUUUUGUAGCAAUGUAUGUAGCAUAUUUCCUGGCACACGCAAAUAAACCUAAAUGGUGCUUCUUUAAAAAUCAGCAUUCUUCAUUUUGACUGGUUAUUAGGCUUCUGUUGAAAAAGAUCUCUGUGUAUGUUUGUUUUUUGUGUGUGUGUAUCGACGUUUUUGUUUUUGUGCAUUUGUGAGAUUUUUGAAGCAUAUUUGAUUCCUUUCUGUGUCACUGGCAGAAGAUCCCUGAGCAUCCGGGUCCCUUCCUAAGCAAUCCUAUUGCAAUACAACCACCAAGACAGCUUUCUGGGGUU